AUGGAUGGUUUUGCCUUCAUGCCACCCUCCCUGGAGACCUCUGUGGAGAACUCGCGCAGCGUGAACUCGCGCGGAUAUGCGGUGCCAAAGGUUGCACCGGCGCCAGAUGUGAACCAGGCGGUGGUCCCACCGAGAAAAGCUUCGGAUGGACAAGAGGGCCAUUGCUGCUCACGUUGUGACGAAGAACAAGAAGAUGCUCAUUACGGAGAAGUAUGCUAUUCCUUGCUGUCCUAUGCAGAUGAUGCUGAAUCAGAGCUGCAGUCCAUUUCCGAGAAUUUCUCUGCGGCCGAUCCGGAGGAUCUUCCCUUGCUGAAGCACUCCUUGUCCGAGAUGUUGGACCAAAUGUCUCACUGUGUUCGGAUCAAUGAUGAGUUCCUGAAGAUGCUUGUCCUCUCCGACUGUGAUGCUAAACAGUUCUGGCAAGUGCCCCCUGAUCAUCAAGUCCAAGAGAGGAACAGCGUCAAAGUCCGCACCGUCUUGCGUCAGUUUGUGCGCGACUGGGCCGACGAAGGGGCCAAGGAGCGUGAAGUGCAGUACGGCUGCCUAUUGGAUGCGUUGGAACGCCAUGUGCCCAAGACAGGUGGCCAAAACUCGAAAAAACCGCGAGUGUUGACCCCGGGCAGUGGAUUGUCGCGCUUACCCUUUGAAUGUGCUCGACGUGGCUACGCAGCGCAGGGCAAUGAGUUUUCGUAUCACAUGCUGCAGGGGUGCAAAUGGGUGCUGAAUGAGACAGAAGCAGAACGAAGCCACACCAUCUUCCCCUUCGUUUUGAAUUUGGAGAAUCGCCGCGAUGCGCUGGACCAUGUGCGACCCGUGGUCAUCCCGGACGUGUGUCCCUCGAAGAUUCUGUGCCCACCUGGUGUGGAACCGAAUCCGGAGGACUUCUCCAUGUGCGCGGGCGAAUUCGUCAGCGUUUACGAGGAACAGAUCGAGGAAUGGGAUGCAGUCCUCACGUGUUUUUUCUUGGAUACGGCCAAGAAUGUGUUCUUGUACAUUCGCACCAUUGCUGACAUCAUCAGGCCAGGUGGACUCUGGGCCAACAUUGGGCCGUUGUUGUACCACUAUGCUGAGCAACCCGGACAGAUCUCCAUUGAACUCAGCUGGGAAGAAGUCAAGCCUGAGAUUGCGAAAUAUUUUGAUUUCAAAGAGGAGGAUUUUCGAGAAGCCUUGUACACCACCAAUCCCAAAGGCAUGUAUCGCACUCGUUAUAACUGCAUCUACUUCGCGGCCAUCAGGAAUGAUGUCGAAGCUGAGGGAGAAUCAAAUCCAGUGUUCGAAUGA